AUGUAUUCAUGAAUAUACAUUUGGACAUGGUUCGUCGGGGACUUUAAUGUCCUACGUAAAGUUACACAUGAACAGUUCCCGAUAUAAGAACCCGGAACCCCGAAGCAUCACUUAGAAAUUAAAACAGCAAGGAAUUAAAAUGGAUUUGCCAAAGUGGCUCAUUCUAUGGCUCUUUGCGGUGUGCCAGAUAACAAUACAAUUAGGUCUAGGAGCAGCAAUUCAAAAACCAAACAUCAUUUUCAUCGCUGUUGACGACAUGGGUAAUAAUGACAUUGGCUACAACAAUCCCGAGGUAGACACCCCGAAUUUGGAUUAUCUGGCGAAAAAUGGCGUUAUAUUGGAGUCAAACUACGUGUAUCCAGUCUGUAGCCCGUCCAGAGCUGCAUUCAUGACAGGAAGAUACGCACAUAAAAUUGGAUUUCAGCGCGGUCCUGUGGAGCACAAACAGCCCGCAUAUAUUGAAAGCAACUACAAAACGGUAGCAGAGAAACUGACCACGAAUUAUGGCUACGCAGCUCACAUGAUUGGCAAAUGGCAUUUGGGAUACUGUAAGGACGCCGUGACUCCGACGAACCGAGGGUUCGACUCCUUUUACGGAUUCUAUGGCGGUCAAGAAAAUUACUACACAUACACUUCUGCGAGAUAUAAGGACUUCAGGGACAAUCUUACGGCAGUAACUCCUCAGAACCCUAACUAUCCCAGGGAAGAUGUGGAUGGCUACUCAACAUUCGAGUACAAGAAGCGGGCCAUCGAGAUAGUAGGGAACCACGACAAAUCGGUGCCAUUGUUUCUAUACUUAGCUUUCCAAGCGCCCCACUCACCUCUACAGGCACCCCAAGAACUGAAGGACAAGUAUCCUGGGGACUGGACCUACACCGACUUGGACGGAUCUACUAAAACCACGAGCCGAGCCACAUUCUACGCUAUGGUUACUGCAGUAGACCAGGCCGUUGGCGAAGUUUACACAGAGAUGGAAACACAGGGACUCUUGGACAAUGCCAUCAUCGUGUUUACUUCUGAUAAUGGUGGCCAGCCGAGUCAAGGAGGAUUUAACAAUCCCUACAGGGGCGCUAAGGGAACCUUCUACGAAGGAGGGGUCCGAGUGCCCGGAUUUGUCUACAGCAAGAAUCUGCUGACACAAUCAGGCUACAGACACCAAGGACUGCUGCAUGCUAGUGACUGGUUGCCUACGUUUAUCAGUCUAGCUGGAGGAAGCGCAGAUUUGACAACGGACAUUGAUUUGACGAGUAUUGACGGUGUGGACCAAACUCAAAUGUUGCUGAACAACGGAGAGUCUGCCAGAUCUAAAUUAAUUCUGAAUAUAUAUGAUCUAGAACGCCCCUCAACCAUAUAUGGAAUCGUAAAACAAUAUGGACCAGAAGUUUGGAAAUACGUUCAGGGAGACAUUGGCAGACGAGGAAUAGUGUACACUGCAUCCAAGUCUAGCAGGAAGAGAUCCAACAUACAGAGACUCGGGCGGGCCGAAGAGAGGACCCAGAGGACCAUAAACAGAAAAAGGACCCAGAAGGCCUUAACUAGGGAACAUACCCAGAGGGCCAUCAAUGACAAGUAUCUCUUCGCUAUUUCUGUUGAUGCUUCCGAGACCUAUAACUUGUAUGGAGACUCCGCAUCGGAAAUCCAGGCCAUCCAGGCAGACUUGGAAGCCGAGAUAGAGGCAGAGAAGUUAGUAGCUGUCCCUCCAAUGAAUCCGUACGACUGUAGCAACCCCAACAACCUGCUGGACGGCUUCUGGUCGGCGGGGCCCGGGGAGGGGUGGUGCGGCUGUAGCCCAUAGAUCAAGAUUUGAUUGAAGAUAAUUAUAAUCAACGAAAUGCACUUUGUAUUGUUAAUAAAUAUCAAGUAAAUCUGAAUGUAAGGCAG